GCGCCACUGCGUGAUGUCCAACACCAUUGCUCUCAGGCGCGCCCUCCGCGGCACCGCCCAGCUCGUGCAGGGCAUUGACAAAGAAACUCACCAGGGAACGCACAUUCUCCUCACAAAAUUAUCGCGCAGUGUGAUCCCAGCAGAUAUCAAGAGACUAUGCGGCAAAAACAAGGUCGAUCAUGUCUCUGACGUCAAACUCGACUACUAUCGCUUCACCCCUACCGGCCGCGCCUGGGUAGAAGUCACCGCUCCAAUACACUUGAAGAAAACCUUGAAAGCGUUGCAGAAUACGGUCAUCGGCAGCACCGUGUUGGCACCACUAGUCGCCGAUCCCUAUGCUGGCCCUCCCAUUCGAAUGCGCGGCAAGAAGGGUUUCACGGAGGCCGUCGAACGCGGCAUAGUGCUCGGAAAUGGGCUCAACGGCGGUAUCACGGGGCAAGGAAAGAACGUCGUAAUCUAUGGGCUGCCGAGAAUGAUGGAACCAGAAGCAGUGCGAGAUUUUUUGAAAAGUUUCAAGCUCGCGUCGAUGCAGGAGGGGCAGCAGGUCUAUAAGAUGGAAAUACAAAAGGAAAGCAUCAAGAAGUCAACGUUCACCUCCCGCUACCUGGUCCGCCUAGCGUCCGUCUCCGAGGCGCAUCGCGUUGUCCGGAGGAUCCAUAUGACCUACUACCAGCCCGAAAAUUACGGCUCACGAUAUCCAGUUCACGCACGCGUCAUCUACUAAGCAUCUUAGAGCUUCGUCAGCCGACCGAGCGCAUAGGACGCUCGCGAGUCAUUUUGUAUUCUAAUAGCGCUUAUCCACUACCUCAUGACCGCAUCAGAGGCCACUCAUGUUAUGAGGCAUGAAGACCAUGGAGCAUCGUUGGAUACUCA